AUGGACAAGUAUAGCUCAAUUGUUAAUGAUGCCAACUUUUCUACGCUUAGCUUGAAAGCUGCUAGCCACCCUAAGGCAUUAGUGCAUUGGGAGAACCUGUUAAACUAUCUCAUCACUAAGGCUUCGCCUUUGAAUAAGACAUUGGAACCAUCGAUUUACAAUCUGAUAAAGAGUACUUACGAUUCAAUGCUGUACAACUUCCCUUAUCUGGAAAACUAUUAUAUCGAUUACGCUUUGUUCGAGUAUAAACUGGGCAAUAUUUCCAGAGUUCACAAAGUAUAUCAGCAAGGUCUGCGAUCGUUUAAUGAAAGAUCACUUCACCUUUGGAUAUCAUAUCUCAAGAUCUGCAAUGAAGUGAUAAGCAAUCACAAGCAACUGUUUAAGUUGUACCAGAAGGCGGAAAGUUUAAUUGGAUUGCACUUUAUGAGUGGUGAAUUCUGGGAAAUGUACCUGAAUCAGAUACGUGACCGAUGUCUUACAAACGAGCGAUACUUUACAGUGCUUCGAAAGGUGAUCGAGAUACCAUUGCAUUCGUUCAGCAAGUUCUAUGCCCUAUGGCUGCACUGCAUCGACGACAUAACCGACUUAAUUCAGCUCACUCGCAUAGCACCUAAAGAGGAACUUUUAAAAAGACUAAAGAUUGACACAUCAUUUCAGGGAAGGAAAGGACCAUAUUUAGCCGAUGCCAAAAAGCUUCUCAGAAAGUCCACCAAAGAACUUUACAUGACGGUUCAGCACCAAGUUUUAGAGAUAUAUUCCCUUUUUGAAUCCAAAUUGCAUAUUAAUUACUACUGUUCUGCUGAAACUCUGAUUCCAGCUGAAGAGAUUGCGACAUGGGAUAGUUACCUAACAUACACAAUCAAUUUGCGCAUCGACGCUUUAAUCGAGUUGAACUUCCAGCGAGCUCUGACGUGCCUAGUGCAUUAUGAUAGCGUGUGGAUAAAGUACGCACAUUGGCUAAUUGAAUAUAAAGAGGACCUGUCCAGCGCAAAAAAUGUUUUGUUGCGUGCCCUCUCGCUUUCCCACAAGAAAACUGCCAUAGUGAGAUUACUCUACUCGGUCCUAUGUAAAUUGAAGGAUUAUGAGCUGCUAGAUUUUAUUCUGGAGAAGGAGGAAAAUUUCUACGCAACUGAUGUGGAGCUCACAGAUGAUUUCGAGAUUUUCUGGGAUUUCAUUCAAUUUCGUAUAUUUUGUGCCAACAGUAGGCUUCAAACUCGCUUUGAGACUCAGUCUGAUCAAUUGAUGCCACCGAAAGUCUUCGAUAUAAUCCUGAGACGGCUCAGCCAUGGAGAAUCGAGAAAAGGUCAAGAACUUUUACUUUCCUCGUUAUUACAGUUUCAAAGUAAGACGAAUACGGCCAUUCUGGAAACAAAAAUAUUCAAGCACAUUAUUGAAGCUGACUGGACUUUUUAUUUGAGAGACGGAUGUUUCUGGUAUCUCUACUGUAAGUUGAUCUUCUUUGAGCCUACCAGAACAUACCUGGAAAAGAGAAGAUAUAUCGUUGGCGAAAUAUGGGAGAAAGCGAAGAAAUAUGGUACAGCAGUCUUGCCCAAGUUACGUCACUUUUGUCAGUCAUAUAUACCUGAGGAUCUAGACCUGCUAGAAGAUUUAUUUGAGAGCUCUUAG